GCGGGGGAGGGGGGAGCCCAUGGUGGGAGGAGCCUGCGCCGGGAGGAGCCUGUGAUGGGAGGGGCCGUUGAGGGGGAAGGGGGAGCCCAUGGUGGGAGGAGCCUGUGGUUGAGGAGCCUGCGGUGGGGGGAGCCCGUGGUGGGAGGAACCUGUAAUGGGCGGCAUCUGUAAUGGGCGGGGCCUUGCUGGGCAGAGCCCGCGGCGGGGGGAGCCGCCCCUCUCCUCUGUCCAGGCACUGGGUGGACCAUCCGCCAGGUCACCGGUCACUGCCUCUCUCCCAAAUUCCUCCGAGGGAUUCCCGAGGAGUGCGCUCGGACUGGGAGGUUGAGCAGGAACUCCCUCCCAGUCACCCGAGGCUCUUGCGCCCCGCCCGAAGCCGUGGGUGCGUGCGCCCGCGGAAGGGCUCCGGGACGGGAACCCCCCCCUUGGAGCCUGGCUCUUGGACCAGCCACCCGCGGUGGCCCCUAAGUCGGGGACGCGGGCCCCCAGAAGUCUGGGGCUCUCCAGGAAGCGAAACGGAUGGAAGAUUACUCGGCUCGGGGUCCUGGGUCCCCACCCCCGCCCCGCCCCCGGGCCGCAGCGUCACAAAGGCCGCUGGUCCCCAGGGCAACCCGCGGAGUGCGGAGGGAGCCUGGGCUCUGGGAAGUCCGCGCGCGGCUCCGCUUCAGAGGCAGGGCAAGUGGGCGCGGUCCUGGGGCGGCGGCGGGGGCCGGGAGAGGAGGGCUGGGGGUCUGGAGAAGGCCACUGGUUGUCAGUAGAGGUUUUUGCCCCUCAGUAUAAACUGUGUCCAGAUCUGUAGGCUGCCCAUCCAGCCCUCCAGGCAGCCUCUUCCCAGCGAGUUGUGCCCCCGAAGAAGGACAGAGGUCCAGCAUGGGGUCAGUGGGCUGAAUCCAUCCCCCGAACAUGCCACAGCCCAGGGGAGGCCAGCCUGCCUGGCAGCUGACACCCAGCCCUCCCCCCAGCUCCCGGAUAAUGAGCGCCCAUGUGGCAGGCCUGGGCCUGGACAAGAUGAAGCUGGGCAAUCCCCAGUCCUUCCUGGACCAGGAGGAGGCAGAUGACCAGCAGCUGCUGGAGCCAGAGGCGUGGAGGACCUACACUGAGCGCCGCAAUGCCCUGCGCGAGUUCCUGACCUCGGACCUGAGCCCGCACCUGCUCAAGCGCCACCACGCCCGCAUGCAGCUGCUGCGUAAGUGCUCCUACUACAUCGAGGUCCUGCCCAAGCACCUGGCCCUGGGCGACCAGAACCCGCUGGUGCUGCCUAGCGCCUUGUUCCAGCUCAUCGACCCCUGGAAGUUCCAGCGCAUGAAGAAGGUGGGCACAGCUCAGACCAAGAUCCAGCUCCUGCUGCUCGGGGACCUGUUGGAACAGCUCGACCAUGGCCGUGCUGAGCUGGACGCCCUGCUCCGGUCGCCGGACCCGCGGCCCUUCCUGGCCGACUGGGCGCUGGUGGAGCGGCGGCUGGCGGACGUGUCGGCCGUCAUGGACAGCUUCCUGACCAUGAUGGUGCCGGGGCGGCUGCACGUCAAGCACCGCCUGGUGUCUGAUGUCAGUGCCACCAAGAUCCCGCACAUCUGGCUCAUGCUGAGCACCAAGAUGCCUGUCGUGUUUGACCGAAAGGCGUCGGCGGCUCACCAGGACUGGGCCCGGCUGCGCUGGUUCGUCACCAUCCAGCCGGCCACAUCGGAGCAGUAUGAGUUGCGCUUCAGGCUGCUGGACCCGCGGACACAGCAGGAGUGCGCCCAGUGUGGCGUCAUCCCCGUGGCUGCCUGCACCUUCGACGUCCGAAACCUGCUGCCCAACCGAUCCUAUAAGUUCACCAUCAAGAGGGCCGAGACCUCCACGCUGGUGUACGAGCCCUGGAGGGACAGCCUCACCCUGCACACCAAACCGGAGCCCCUGGAGGGGCCCACCCUCAGCCACUCUGUCUGAGAGAUGAUUUUCUAAUAUUUAUCCACUAAUAAAGAAGAGUGUAAAUGCACAUACGGAAUUAAAGAAGCAAACCUAUUUAUGUUUUAAA